GCUUUUGUUUUAGCUGUUAACAUUUGUGUCAUCACUGUAACUGCUGAAGUUUACAGCUAUAAAGUGAAUGUAAGAAUGGCUGAUAAAGAAUUCGAUAGCCAUGAAGGUAAACUCAAGAUUUCAGUUACGAGUAAAAAUGCUCAAAAUACUACCCAAGAAGACUUUGAAUUGACUCCAAAUGAUGUUGAAAUGAAAAAAGACAAAAAUUAUACUGCAAUAAUUUCAUCAACCGCUCCUUUAGACACAAUCACAUCGGUUUACCUUCAAUGGACUCGGGAAGCCCCAAACGAUACCGACUCUGCAUCCAAUAAACCAACGCUCUAUUUCGAGUCAGUUAGUUUGACCUCAUUCAAGUUUAGGCCCCAUCCAGAUUUCUGUAUAUGUGUAAGUCGCUAUUUUUGUCCAGAAACUACUCCAAUCGGAAUCGAACAUGCUGGUGGAGCUACUUUCAAUUUUUGCAACAGCAGAAAGGUAUUUUCUCUUUACAGAUAUUACGAAGUUCGCUCUGUAAAAGAUCUAAAAGAGGCUGAAUGUUCCAUGUGAAUGGCUCGCUGUAUCUGAAAGUCACAAGUUUUGUCAAGCAUCUAUUCCAAUUGAAAUUAAACAUGCGGAUUUAGCUACUUUCAGCUCUUGUAUCCAAACAAAACUAUGAAAAUGAUUAAAUAAAUUGCAUAACAAAACUGAUUUUUUGUUGGAUUAUUGA